AUGAGACUCCUAAUACAACGCCUGUUCAUCUGCAAACCCCAUUCAACCCUUCGAAUUUCUCCUACCACUGCCAUUUCUGUUCCUCCCGCUGGCCUUCCUCGUCUGCAAUUCCAGGUCCCUUCAUCGGUCUUCGGCCUCAUUAUCCAGAAACUGUUCUCCGGAGCCUUCUCCAAUAUCCAACCCUGGUCCCUCCGCCGUCCUGUCUCGCGUCCAAUGCAUCAACAAUGUCGUUGUGAGCAGUGCAGCUGCGAAGAUGUUCUCCUGAUGACACUCCCUGUUAUCCCCGUCCUACGUACUCGUGGAUUUUCUGGAGCCCCAGUGAGACACCGUCGGGAACUCUUGUGUGUCUGCAGACCACAUCCAACUCUUCGACUUUUUCCUACCACUGCCCAUUUCUGUUCCUUCCGCUGGCCUUCCUCGUCUGCAAUUCAAGGUCCUUUCGUCGGUUGUCGGCCUCAUUAUCCAGAAACUGUUCUCCGGAGCCUUCUCUAA